GGCGGCGGCGGCGGCGACGGAGGCAGCUGAGGCGGCGGCGGCGAGCGGGGGUCCGGGCGGCGGCGGCGGCGGGCCGAGGAGCCGGGCGCGAUGGAGCGGAAGAGGUGGGAGUGCCCGGCGCUCCCGCAGGGCUGGGAGAGGGAAGAAGUGCCCAGAAGGUCGGGGCUGUCGGCCGGCCACAGGGAUGUCUUUUACUAUAGCCCCAGUGGGAAGAAGUUCCGGAGCAAACCCCAGCUGGCACGGUACCUGGGGGGUUCCAUGGACCUGAGCACCUUUGACUUCCGGACGGGCAAGAUGCUGAUGAGCAAGAUGAACAAGAGCCGGCAGAGGGUCCGCUAUGACUCGUCCAACCAGGUCAAGGGCAAGCCUGACCUGAACACGGCCCUCCCCGUCAGGCAGACGGCAUCCAUCUUCAAGCAGCCAGUAACCAAGAUCACCAACCACCCCAGCAACAAGGUGAAGAGUGACCCCCAGAAGGCCGUGGAGCAACCUCGGCAGCUUUUCUGGGAGAAGAAGCUGAGUGGCCUCAAUGCCUUUGACAUCGCCGAGGAGCUCGUGAAGACCAUGGACCUGCCCAAAGGCCUGCAAGGCGUGGGGCCUGGCUGCACAGAUGAGACCCUGUUGUCGGCCAUCGCCAGCGCCCUGCACACCAGCACCAUGCCCAUCACCGGGCAGCUCUCGGCCGCCGUGGAGAAGAACCCUGGGGUGUGGCUCAACACAGCCCAGCCCCUCUGCAAGGCCUUCAUGGUGACCGAUGAGGACAUCAGGAGGCAGGAGGAGCUGGUGCAGCAGGUGCGCAAGCGGCUGGAGGAGGCGCUGAUGGCCGACAUGCUGGCCCACGUCGAGGAGCUGGCCCGGGACGGUGAGGCGCCGCUGGACAAGCCCGGCGCCGACGGGGACGAGGACGGGGACGAGGACGGGGACGAGGACGAGCCGGACCAGGACCAGGGGGCGGAGCACGUCUAGGAGCAGGUGCCGGCCGGCCGGGUGGGUCCCAGGCCGCCUGGCGCUCGGACGGCGACCGAGGGGCUGAGGG